CCCUGGCCGCGCUGCGCUCACGCCCGCCGGGCCGGGAAUUUGGAGAGGAUCCCUGGUCGCGCGGCAGCGGCGGCGGCGCGCGGGUGAGCGGGUGCUGACUGGGUUACUUUUUUAAACACUAGGAAUGGUAGUUUCUACUUUUCUGUACUUCAAACUAAGAAGUUAAAGAGACUUCUCUGUAAAUAAACAAAUUUCUUCUGCUGUCCUUUUGCAUUUGGAGACGGCUUUAUUUCACCAUAUCCAAGGAGUAUAACUAGUGCUGUCAUUAUGAAUGUGACAAGUUUAUUUUCCUUUACGAGUCCAGCUGUGAAGAGACUUCUUGGGUGGAAACAGGGCGAUGAAGAAGAAAAAUGGGCAGAGAAAGCUGUUGAUGCUUUGGUGAAAAAACUGAAGAAAAAGAAAGGUGCCAUGGAGGAACUGGAAAAGGCCUUGAGCUGUCCAGGGCAACCGAGUAACUGUGUCACCAUUCCCCGCUCUCUGGAUGGCAGGCUGCAAGUCUCCCACCGGAAGGGACUGCCUCAUGUCAUUUACUGCCGUGUGUGGCGCUGGCCCGAUCUUCAGAGCCACCAUGAACUAAAACCACUGGAAUGCUGUGAGUUUCCUUUUGGUUCCAAGCAGAAGGAGGUCUGCAUCAAUCCCUACCACUAUAAGCGAGUAGAAAGCCCUGUACUUCCUCCUGUGCUGGUUCCAAGACACAGCGAAUAUAAUCCUCAGCACAGCCUCUUAGCUCAGUUCCGUAACUUAGGACAAAAUGAGCCUCACAUGCCACUCAACGCCACUUUUCCAGAUUCUUUCCAGCAACCCAACAGCCACCCGUUUCCUCACUCUCCCAAUAGCAGUUACCCAAACUCUCCUGGGAGCAGCAGCAGCACCUACCCUCACUCUCCCACCAGCUCAGACCCAGGAAGCCCUUUCCAGAUGCCAGCUGAUACGCCCCCACCUGCUUACCUGCCUCCUGAAGACCCCAUGACCCAGGAUGGCUCUCAGCCAAUGGACACAAACAUGAUGGCGCCUCCCGUGCCCUCAGAAAUCAACAGAGGAGAUGUUCAGGCAGUUGCUUAUGAGGAACCAAAACACUGGUGCUCUAUUGUCUACUAUGAGCUCAACAAUCGUGUGGGUGAAGCGUUCCAUGCCUCCUCCACAAGUGUGUUGGUGGAUGGUUUCACUGAUCCUUCCAACAAUAAGAACCGUUUCUGCCUUGGGCUGCUCUCCAAUGUUAACCGGAAUUCCACUAUUGAAAACACCAGGCGGCAUAUUGGAAAAGGAGUUCAUCUUUAUUAUGUUGGAGGGGAGGUGUAUGCCGAAUGCCUUAGUGACAGUAGCAUCUUUGUGCAAAGUCGGAACUGCAACUACCAUCAUGGAUUUCAUCCUACUACUGUUUGCAAGAUCCCUAGUGGGUGUAGUCUGAAAAUUUUUAACAACCAAGAAUUUGCUCAGUUAUUGGCACAGUCUGUGAACCAUGGAUUUGAGACAGUCUAUGAGCUUACAAAAAUGUGUACUAUACGUAUGAGCUUUGUGAAGGGCUGGGGAGCAGAAUACCACCGCCAGGAUGUUACUAGCACCCCCUGCUGGAUUGAGAUACAUCUGCACGGCCCCCUCCAGUGGCUGGAUAAAGUUCUUACUCAAAUGGGUUCACCUCAUAAUCCUAUUUCAUCUGUGUCUUAAAUGGCCCCAGGCAUCUGCCUCUGGAAAACUAUUGAGCCUUGCAUGUACUUGAAGGAUGGAUGAGUCAGACACGAUUGAGAACUGACAAAAGAGCCUUGAUAAUACUUGACCUCUGUGACCAACUGUUGGAUUCAGAAAUUUAAACAAAACAAAACAAAAAAACACACCUUGGUAACAUGCUGUUGAUAUCAAGAACCUGUUUAGUUUACAUUGUAACAUUCUAUUGUAAAAUCAACUAAAAUGCAGACUUUUAGCAGGACUUUGUGUACAGUUAAAGGAGAGAUGGCCAAGCCAGGGACAAAUUGCCUAUUAGAAAACGGUCCUAAGAGAUUCUUUGGUGUUUGGCACUUUAAGGUCAUCGUUGGGCAGAAGUUUAGCAUUAAUAGUUGUUCUGAAACGUGUUUUAUCAGGUUUAGAGCCCAUGUUGAGUCUUCUUUUCAUGGGUUUUCAUAAUAUUUUAAAACUAUUUGUUUAGCGAUGGUUUUGUUUGUUUGUUUUAAGUAAAGGUUAAUCUUGAUGAAAUACAUAAUAAUCUUUCUAAAAUUGUAUGCUGACCAUACUUGCUGUCAGAAUAAUGCUAGGCAUAUGCUCUUUGCUAAAUAUGUAUGUACAGAGUAUUUGGAAGUUAAGAAUUGAUUAGACUAGUGAAUUCAGGAGUAUUUGAGGUGGGUGGGGGGAAGAGGGAAAUGACAACUGCAAAUGUAGACUAUACUGUAAAAAUUCAAUUUGUUGCUUUAAAGAAACAAACUGAUAUAUGAAUUUUGCUGUGUUUCCAUUUUUUAGAGAUUUUUAUCAUUUUUUUCUCUCUUGGCAUUCUUUUAUCUCAUACUCUUCAAAAAGCAGUUCUGCAGCUGGUUAAUUCAUGUAACUGUGAGAGCAAAUGAAUAAUUCCUGCUAUUCUGAAAUUGCCUACAUGUUUCAAUACCAGUUAUAUGGAGUGCUUGAAUUUAAUAAACAGUUUUUAUGGAGUUUACAGUACAGAAAUAGGCUUUAAUUUUCAAGUGAAUUUUUUGCCAAACUUAGUAAGUCUGUUAAAUAUUUGGAGGAUUUAAAGAACAUCCCAGUUUGAAUUCAUUUCAAACUUUUUAAAUUUUUUUGUACUAUGUUUGGUUUUAUUUUCCUUCUGUUAAUCUUUUGUAUUCACUUAUGCUCUCGUACAUUGAGUACUUUUAUUCCAAAACUAGUGGGUUUUCUCUACUGGAAAUUUUCAAUAAACCUGUCAUUAUUGCUUACUUUGACUAAAAA